AUGAUUAACGCGGUGGGUAUUAUUUGUUGUAUGUUCUUUCAAUUAUGUUUUACUUGUAAGAAGUGCCGGCCGGCUUUGUCGAUCGUAUACGAUUAAAGCCUAUUUUAUUUGCAAAUUUACCACUUGUUCGUUUGUAGAAGGGUGCCUGUACUUGUCUACAUCACCAUUAGACGUAUUUGACUAGUUUGGAGAUGUUUCUCCCUUUUCUUUCACUUUGAAUCAUAUCGUGACGUUGUCAGUAGUUGUUGAAAUUGUAAGCACACCUACGCGCUAGUUUCCGUGAACGUUAAUUUUCUUUGCCAUGUAGAUGUCUUAAUUGGUGGUAUGAAAACCUUGAUGAAUUGCCUUUUGACAAAAUUAGUUAAUAAGAGCUUUCUUAUUUUAAUUGAUGACCAUUUUCUGAGACGGAGACGAAUUAAUUCUUGUUUUAUUCGACGAGGCCUUCAUUACACCGAAAUGCAUGUAGGUCUCUUCCUCCAUACUUCCGGUGUUAAAUUUUUCUGUCAGCGGGAAAAUUUCAUUCAGAAAAGAACUUUUUACGAAGUUACUGUGUUUUCGUGCCGAUUUGAAAAAUUAUCCUAUUUCAAAGAUGUAACUAUUCACUCCAAAGGAAACUGCAAAUGCCAAAAUGUAUGAUGGAAAAAGAUGUGUUGUGGUCUUGUGACACCAAAACAUAAUUCUAGGACUUUACACCCAGAACUGGACCAAGAAAAGAACUUUAGAACUUGCUCCGAGUACAACUUUUUUAGAAAGAUUGAGUACAGUACUAUGGAACUACAUACUCUGGGAGGUUUCAUUUUACUUUUUAGCUCAGAUAUGCAUAUAGUUCUGACGAACACUCUAGAACUUUUGAGGAAGUAACUCUAGUUGGCAUCUUUAGAAUGUGAAACGAUUACCAGUUAAUGGAAAAGCCAUUUUCUGGGAUUCAAGUCAACUAUAAUUCACUUUAUUUUUUCUCAUCUGCAAAAUGCCUGGUGCUUUAGCUUGAUUUUUAAUAGACUUAAUACCAGGUUUGUAUUUGUCAAAUGAUUUAAAAAAUUUCAACAAUUUUCUAGUUGACGAGAUGUCUUAACUUGGGUAUUCUGUAACAUCAUACAGGUUAACAAAGUAAGGAAAACUACAGUGCCGUGACAAAGUCAUUGUGUGGUUAGAGGCUAAGAGAUUCCCCCACUGUGAAAGCAAACUUUCUCACUCAUUUGUCCAGUCAUCAAAAUUCCAAGAACCUUUGAAUCCUUUGCUAAAAGGCUUGCUUUAUGGAUAUUCUCAAGCUGUUUUUAAAAUAGUUUUAAGUUCCUUCUUUCUGGACAACUUCAAAGAUGAUUUGAUGAGUUCUGUAUUUUUAAGGACAAUGUAGAUAUCUGAGUAAAUGUUUGUUAUUUACUGUGACUUGUUAUUGGGUUAUUCUACAAUAUGACAGUGGAGUCUGAAGUUUGAUCUCUCUCUUUUUUCAUUUCAUGAUUGAAUCUAAAUCUUUUCACUGUUGUUAUGAGAUUUGUUUAAUUUUCCUUUUCUAUUUCCACCCUUUCUUUUCUAGAUUUUAUGAUUAAGAUUUAAUGAUUAACUUAAUUGUUUUGUCAGAAAAAAAUUCUAGUCUCAUGUUUCUAGCACUAGUACAACAAGAAAAUUUUGACUUGAAACUUUGUGAUGUUAUGUACACACUACUGUACAUCACCAGUAACAUCAUAAAAUAUUCCUUGAUUUACAGUGAUAUUUGUACUGUAGAAAUAAAAGAUUCAGGUUGAUAAGACCACAUGUAUCUCUUGAGUUUGAAGCACAAAGCUUUAAAAAAUUAAGUGCUUCUUUAGCUGGUGAUUAUUUUGUUUGUUCUCAUGAACUUAAUAUGUGAUUCAGGGGUGAUAUUGUAAGGAGAAUUUACAUGCUAGUCACUCUUAAGGGUCAAAGGAUAAAAGACUAUUUGUAAAUUAAAAGAUAAUCUCCCACUUUGAGUUUCAAAUCCAUUGAAUUUGAGCUACAUGUAGGUGUUAAACUAAACUUAUGAAUAGCAGCUACAAGAUUCUAGCAUACAAAGGGCCAUCUUUCAAAUUUCUCUCUGCCUGCUGUACUUCAUCUUAAAGGUUCAAAGGCUUGGGAAGGAGAACAAGUAAAGAUGCUAACUAUUUCACAAGGAUCAAUAUAACAAUCAAGUCAAUAUGUUUAGAAAAUUAAUGAGAAGAAUAUACAGUGCUUUAUUGGCUCUGUGCAGACAUUGCAUUCUCUUUAAUACAAUCUCUAAUUUCUCUGCUUCUCUAUUGCUGGUUACCUUUUGUGGCUUUUAUUGCUGUUAUUAAGUAGUUUCUUUACUAAGCCAGUUGAUUGCUCCUAAAGAGUAUUCAUCUACUCUGAGAUUUUUUUGUCACACAUGGAUAAAAAACAAGCUAAAAUAUUUGCAUUUAAGUUCCUAGCUUUGUUCAACUUCUUAUAGCCAUCUAAAGUAGCCCCUUUUUCAAAUAGAAAGCUUUUUUUUAUCCUGUGAAAUCAGCAGAUGGUGAUUGGAGCUUCCUAAUAUAUCUCUUGCAUUCACAAAUUUGUAUUUUUCACCUAAAAGAAAGUAGCUUUUUUUGCAUGAUCAAACUUCACAUAAUGACAACACUCUUUUUUCUUCCUUCUGGCAAGCCAAUAACUGUCAUCAGUUCAUCAGUAGUGACUAAUCUUAGUAACUCUUUUCUCUCAAGUCUCAGGAACAAAUCAUUUCAAAAGAGAAUCUAACCAGUCUCACCUUUGUUAUACUUUAGAGCUCAUCAACAGACCCAUACUGUUUUGUGGAAUUUGAAAAAAGGAAAGAUGCAGAAUAUGCCCUUUGUGCCAUGAAUAAUAGGACUGUUUAUGACAAGGUAAGUGGUACACCAUCCAAAUAGUAGACAUACAUGUGCAUGCACAUGAAAUAAGUACUAAUCAUCUUCUUGCAGUUAUCAGUGCAAGGGGCUCUGCAUUGAGAUAUCCUGGUAUGAGCCUUGGCUGGGUCAUUGUGUUGUAUUCUUGGGCAAUUCACUCAACUCUUACAGUACUUCUCUCCUCUUGGUAACAGAAAAUUGUUAGAAAAUCUAGAGGUAACCCUGUGACAGACUGGAAUCCUAAUGGGAGGGGGGGGCAGGAGAGUAGGAGGGGGGAAGGGGAGUCAGCACUCAAGUUCCUUCAUGUACUUGAGACUGGGAUGAAGAACAUGUGGACAAGCCUUGUGGCUUGUAAUCUGACUAACCUACCAGCUCUAAAACUAAACUCAAUGCAAAGAUCUAUAACAGAUUUCAGUAUCAAAUGAGAAGCGUUUUAACCUGCAAAUAAGCUCUGAAUAUUUCUUUGAUCCUACAUCCUCAAACUGAUGCAGAUUCUGUCUCUCUCAAAUUUUGGUGAUACUUUUAUUUUUAAACUGUGCUCUGAAAUAAUGAAGUACUGGUUAGGUUAAUUAUUGUCCACUAGACCACCCCCUUACUGCCAAUGCUAAUCUGGGGGUACAUUCUCGUGAAAUGACAAGGAGUUUUGCUUCUACCUUUGGUUGAGAUGCCAGUCCAUUGUCUUGUAACCUGUGAGUAUUUUCCAAAUGGCUUUGAGAGUUUUUUUUUUUUAAAUUCCUAUUUGUACUUUUGGGUGGAGAGAGGCACUAUAAAUACAAGGUGUCUUGUCAAAGAACAAAACACAAUAACAGGGCUAGGAUUUAAUUGGGACCUUUUUAUCUAGAGGUCAGGGCAUUGACUACACAUACUAAGCUGGCAGGUAUCCUGGAUCUAAUGAAAUACUAGCAAUCAUUCAUUUUUAUCAAUACAAAUGAGAUGCAGCAGCUUACACAGAUUUAUGGGUUGAAGCAUUUGUUUUGUUUCUGACAAAUCAAUGGUUGGCAAGUUAAUUAUCUAGGCUGUGUGAUUUGAUCAAUGUUUUUAGAUGUUGAUGCUUCAUUUACUUGAAGAAAAACAUUCCUAAUUUCAUAAAGAAUAAAUUGAAACCUUUUUUUUUUCAAAGAGGAUAUGUUGAAAUGAUUGUCAAUGCUAUUCUGUCCAUUCCUCCAAUUAAGUUGUUCUUGAUUAGAACAACCAUAGGAGGGUUAUGCAUAAAAACAGUAACCAUGGAUUUUUUUUCCAAAUGACUGUUAACUUUUUUUCUUCUAAAAUGCACUAUAGUUUAUUUUGAUUUUUAGAUGUUGAUGCUUCAUUUACUUUUAGAAAAACAUUCCUAAUUUCAUAAAGAUUAAAUUGGAACUUUUUUUUCCAAAGAGGAUAUGUUGAAAUGGUUGUCAAUGCUAUUCUGUGCAUUCCUCCAAUUAAGUUGUUCCGAAUUAGAAUGAUUGUAGGAUUGUUAUGCAUAAAAACAGUAACCAUAGUUUUUUUCCAAAUGACCUUGAACUUUUUUUCUUCUAGAAUGCACUAUAGUUUAUUUUGAUUAGCCCUAGAUCAAUAGCACCUUGUGGUCCAAGUUGCUUUCCAGUCAAAACAAUGUAGUAUAUCUACAUUGCAUUAUAGAUGAGGUUUACUACAUGUAUGUGAAAUUGGGAACUUUCACAGUGAUUAAAUGCAUUCACAUAGUUCUUUGCAUGUGAGAUCUAGUUGUCUGGAAAGGAAUUGUGUUGAUAAUGUAAUUGUCUACAUACAGAGGUUCAUGCUUGGUUUUAGAGUUAUUUUCUUUUUGUUUUGUGGUAGCAAAAUCAUUUUCUAGGUGGGAUGAUCAGUACAGUUAUUUUCAAGGAUGGAAACUUGCUUCUCAGGGAAGGUUUCCAGAAUUGAUGCUGUUGUCAGUGUAGAUACAUGUGCUUUUUUUUGGAAUGUUAAAAUUUUUUUUAGGCUCAGCACUCAAAGGGAAAUUCCUUGUUAAAUAAUGCCAUUGGGAUUUGACAAGCUGGUUCAUUUUUUCUAAGAUCUGCUCAGUGAACUACUGUAAUUGCUGUGACUGAGAAUACUAACUUGUGUUCUAGUUGAAUUCAUUUUUGUGAUGUAGCGAAUUAAAUUGAAAUAACUCUGAUGACAAAUUUUCAAAACCUUUUUUUACACCUAUCUUUUUCACCUUCAAGUGGGUGAAGGUUUACUUUUUAGGGAGUUCUUAGGGAAACAAAAUUGUCUAAGAACAAUUUUUCCUUAACCUUCUCAUCCAAAUAUACUUCCGUCAUUAAUGUGACAGUGAUUGUCACAUUUAAGGUAGUGUUUUCACUCUGAUAGUUUUAUUCCGGAAAAUUUGUGAACUAUUCAAACAUGAUAUUCAGUUCCUAGUUGAGUCAGUCACAGGUAUCAAACUGAUUUUUUUAAAUUAAACAAGAAAUUUAGAUUCAUAAGCAACAUCAGGUUAUUCUGUAAGGGUUUUUUCGGUGUCAUAGAAAGAAAGGUAGCCACAUGCAAAUUACCACCUAAAGUCCUAACCAAGGGGGUAACCAGGUACUGGUAGUUGCUUGACUGAGAAACAGUUUGUUCUCUAUCCUCAUCAUCAGAUCCUGUAUUCUUGAAUUUUGAUCAUUCCUUGACCGCCAAUUAUUCUAUUGUAGUCACUCUGGCUGAAAAUAUCUUGAAUUUAAUGAAUAGAUUCCUACCUUUUUGGAUAUUGAUGCUCAGAGAGGUUUCACUACACCUGCUGGCUUAAACAAGCUUUGUUAACGAAGGGGCAAGCCAUGAAUGGAUUAUUUAAAUGAAAAAAAUAAAGCAAAACAUGUUAACUAGAUUGAUUCAGUCUUGUUUUGGAAAAAAGGUAGUUGUAUGGAUUAAGCAAAUUAACUUUCUUGAAUCCAAUUGUUAAUGUUAUUGGUGAAACCAAUCCAAGUUUUGAUCUGUCGCUGGAGAUGUUUUUUCCCAAGUUGUGAAAGUAUUUUUAGUACAAUGGGCAUGUUUACACCCAGAUGUGUUUAAAAAUUAGUUUGGUUGAAUUCAAAACAUAUCAAGAGUUGUGUAGAAGCAAGAUACUUUUAUUAGUUUUCUAGUUCCCAUUUCUUGUUUGAAAGUUGUAGUGAGCUUAGUACAGGUCUAUUGUUUGCAUAAAGAGGACAGGUGAGCUCUGAAUAGUGGGAGUUGUUUGUGGACUUAAAGAGAUGUUACAGAAGAGACCCAUGGGGUUUUAAUUUCAGAGACUUAUUUAUAUUCCAGUGGUUUUAAGCCUGACAGGUUUGAAUAUAAUUAUUUUCACUUUGGACCAAUGGGUUCCCUCCAAAUGGCAGAUCUGUCAUGUCUAAGGAGUAGAAUUAAUAAAUACUGCAUUCCCUGCAAUGGAAAACAUCUGUAGAUGAAGCAGAUAAAUCACCUGUGUUUGAAAACUGGAUGUUGGUUUUAUGCUUGUAAAAUUAGUAUUUAAGGUGAUCACAUAGUAGAAUCAGUAUACCACUAAUUUGCUGUAAGUCAAGUACACUGGGAUGAUUAAAUUGUAACUGCGUUGUGGUCAGAGACUCUUUUAGAAUUCUCAUGCAAGCUUCACUGUUGGCCACCUGCAUAAUGGAGUGAACACCAGUAGCCAGUGGAGUGUUAUAAUAAGAAGAUCAAUUAGUGAUUAAUAAUGGAUGAUGUUCAUUGUUUCUUUCUUCUUCCCUUGCAUGUCCUGCCCAGAAUAUUAAGGUGAACUGGGCGACUAAUAACACUGGAGGCAUGAGGAAAGACACAAGUAGUGAGUACAUAAUUUUUCUUCAUCAUUGAACACUUAAUUUGCAGAUUCAUCUCCUUUUAUUUGUGAUAAGAUUUGUAUGGCUUAUUUCAUUGAUUUACAACAAAGAAAUCAGACUCCACCUUUGCUAUUUUUAUCUCGUAUACACUCACACUCUCUCUGUGUUUUGAAAAGUUCUGCUUUGGAUUAUAAGCUUGGUAUUCAAGUACUAUAGGGGUCAAGCAUUGAAAUGCCUAAAGGUGAUUUUGCAGAUUUCCUAGUAGAACUGCUCAUGUUUACUGUAAUAUUAAGAGGCUUGGAUUCAUGGUUGAUUUAAGGACUUCCAGAAUCAUUGGUUUGAAGUAAUUUAUUGGUGACCUCAUUAAUAUUAACCACUUCCACUUGAAGUUUUCUUGGAUAUUUUCUCCUGCAAAAUUGCCUAGAUUUUGCAGAUAUUUGUGGAGAGCCAGCUCUUGUUCCUGGUCUAUUAUGAAAGGGUAUUUUCAAUUAUAUUAUUAGUAUGGUGUUAACCCAUUUUCCCAAUUAAUCCACAAGCAAUCUUUGUCAAAUCAUCAAUGUGUUUGACAGAUUGGUUCUGACAACAUGAAUUCAACCUUCACUUGAUUGAGCAAUUUUUUUCUUUCAAAGCCAGUCAAGUUUGACAGGGAGGGAAUGCUGUCACAACUGAAUGACAACUCUGUGCUUAAACAACCUAAAUAUACAUGUAUCUCUCUGACCUUUCUAGAACAAAAAAAAAUGGUUGUUAUCUUUUUAUGGCUACUGCCUCCUAUGGAGGCAAAGCCAUAUUGUUGUCCUGUGGAGUGAGUGAGGAUAGCAAAAAAAUAUCAAUCACUUCUUUGUCCACAAUGAGUUCUGCAGAGUUUUACCCCAUAUCCCUCACUCUUGGCUUUGGUUUGUUUUGGAACAUCUUUGGUUGUUCAAUGCUUAGUGACAAUUUCUUUGAAUCUGAUCUUAUUGUUCAUCUCUUAGUGUACUAUAGAAGAAAAUAAACAUCUCACAAUCAUUUCAGAAGAGUGUGUGAAAAGAGGAAGGUUUACUUCGCAGAAAUGUCUUAAAAGGAGUGAUUGGGGCAUCAUGAAAAUUUAUAGAAUAAUUUUUUUUUUUAAAGAGAGAGCAUUUUACCAUUUGAAACAGUGAAUUGUUCCCAGUAGAUGUAAAGAUAUAUUUUUUUCAGUUCUAACCAUGACAGUACAAUAGAUGAUCAAUAUCUCAAAAUAAUUUUGCAAUGGCUUCUCCAGCACGUUAUUGAAAAAAAAAUUUCCUUGCAGAAAUAUCUAAAUAGGUUUGGUCUACACAUUGUGGAAACUCUGAAGAAAAAUGUUAUUUAUUUGAAUAGAGAUGAUUUUACCAUUUCAACCAGCGACAAAUGCUCACAAGAGCUGCUAAAUUUGCAAAGUGAGCAAGGUCUGAAUAUGUUCAGUUCAAUAGGGUGACGCCAUUCGAUGGAAUGGUGGAAUUGCAAUGGAAUUAGAAAAUGCUACCUUAUAGCAUUAUCAUACAACCUCUGGUUCUUUUCGAUGCUUUAAAAGUUGUGCUAUAUCAGUAGCCAUAAAUUUAUGCAUGUGGUCUUAACUGCCAAUUUUUGUCCCUAUGAGUUUAUAGCCUCCAUUGUACAUUACCUCGCCUUUGUUCGAGCAAGAAAUUUGUUGCUAAAUCUCAGAACUCACAGAUUUCUUUUUAUUCAGAAUUCUGAUGUAUAUUGAGUGUUUAUAGAAGCUGGAAGCUUUCUGGAUAGACAAAGACCUCAGACUGUAAACUAAUUAAAGUGCAGAAUCAUUAAAAACUAGAAUAUUACACUUUUCCAAAGCCUUUUAGUUGUUUUCAACUCUUGUAAAGGAGCUCAGCUACCAUGCCAGCCACCAUGACAGUGGAAACCAGAUAACCAUUUGACAGGCUUUUUUUCAAUAAAUCUGUUGUGUCUCAGAAUUAGAAUUAUUAAUCAUUGUUUGGUUUUGUGUUAUCAUUUCAGAUCAUUAUCACAUAUUUGUGGGUGACCUUGACCCAGAGAUUGAGAAUGAGGGUCUUUAUAAGGCUUUCUCUGCUUUUGGACAAGUAUCGUAAGUAUCUGGGUUCUUUUUAAUUAUUAUUUCCUACAUAUAUCACAUAAGUGUUACAAUUGAACUGUAUGCAAUUGGUGAAACAUCAGUAUUAAUCUUCAGCAUCCUCUAUUUUGAAAUGUUGACUGUGUGAAAAUUUACAUGAACCAAUUAGAUCUGGUUGGCUAAUACAUUGUGAUACCUCUGAUUUUAUGCCAUCUUCAAAGAAAUAAUCCAGUCAAUGUUGAGGGGAGAUGCAUCAAGCGUACUUCACACCUGUUUGCUUAUACUGCAUUGUAUACAUGGAGAAUGAUGAACCAAACAAAAUUGAUAGCACAAAACCCCAUUAGUUUUUUUUUCUCAGUCACUGAUCUACUCAGUAACCAUCAAUUUUGAAUUGUCCAUACUUGUCCACUUCUAUAUGCAAAGUGUCACAAGAAGAAAAGUCUGAAAAAUGUACUUGGUUUUUGAUGUUCUUCUUAAUACCUAUUCCUCAAGGACAAAACCAUAUGGAUGCUGAAGAUUAGAGCUGUUCCAUAACAUUAAUAAUUAUACCAUCUUUGGUCAAAACAGAGAUCAAAUAGUUUACCUUCCUAAAAGUUCAACAAGAGGAAACAAACAAACCAGCAACUAAGAAACUCUUUUACUCUAUGAUUUUUCUUCAGUCUGCUUUACUAAAGUAUUUCAAGUAAAAAAAAAAAACUUUUUAGAUAAUGUAUACAGUAGGGUGCAUUGCUGUCCUUAAUUGCUAAAAAGAAUGGCUGUUAAACUUUUCUUUUUGCCAGGUAACAAACUAGGAGUAUUGUGUGUGACUCAGCCCUUUACCCCCUAACAUUGGUAUUCAUAAUUAUUCUCUGCACUCCUCCUCUACAUUUUCUAUGGUAUCAACAAUGAGAAUUUGCCUGAAAAUCAGAAGCUUCCUAAAUUGGAUAUCAUUUCCUUCAUUCUCAUGACCUUAGUGUUUGAUUCAAAAGUGAUACUGCAUGGAGAAAUUAGAUGCCAAUCACUCUUAGGGGUUAAAGGGUUUAUUACUGGGUUAAGUGUAAUGGACCAGUGGCUUAUCCACUUGGGAGAAUACACUGAGCGGUGAAACAUUUAUUCGUAUGAAGAGAACAUAAACUCCAAGUGGCUUUUGCAUGUUCUGUAUUUUGCAUGCAUUGCCACUGUAAUAAUUUACACCAAAUUCUUCAAUUACACUUCAAGCUCAGAAAUGACAAAGUCUUUGGUUUGCAGUGAUUACCAAUGCAAAGCUGAGAAUGGGAGUGGUUGAAGUUAGGUUGCUUUUUUUAUCUUUUCAAUUUUUUUUUAAUACUAUAAUUAUGAUAAGUUUUGGCUACCGAACUAUUUCAAGUACAAAACUCUCCUGAGAAUAAACAUUUUGGAAUUAAUAUGAAAGAGAAAGUUUUCUGGAAAAAAAAAAGCCAAUUCAGUUCCUUUACACUAUAACUUGAAAACAGGAAGUAGGCACACACACCAAAAAAAAUUGACCACUAAGAACAAGGGUGGAAAUAUAGAAAUUGGCUUUGAAAGGCUCACUGAAAUAUUACCCACCUCUUGCAAUCCAAGUAUUCAAAUUCAAUGUGUUUAGUUGUGCAUGUCACUGAAGAUUGGAGGUGGUGAGUUAUGAUCUUUCCAUUAAGUAGUUCUGUACAGUUCAGUGGGAAAAGAAAUCUCUCAAUUAGUAUAUGCGCUAUUAAUGGUCAAUUUAGUGGGUCAUAUUACAAUGUACAGCCUGCUAAAUUCAAGAAUUUUUGUUUGCAUUUUAUUCUUCCCCCUCUUAUUGAACCCAGAGAAAUAACAGAUAUCUUACAGACCUUUUUUUUUUUGUUGGUCUGUACUGUAAGUUAUGGAGCUUCUUAUUUUCUGCUUAGAUUUAUGGCUGGCACACUUUGUGCUUGGGCCAUAAAUCCAAUCAGAAAAAAUUGGUCCAUAACUUUUGGUGCAGACUUCAAAUUCAGUUAGUGAGAGGUGUUUCCAUCUGGAUUGCUUUUAUUUACCAUUUGCUUUUUAUUUCAGAUUGUGCUAUAAAAUUAUCUUAACUGAUUGUAUAACAUUCUGCAAAAUUUCUUCCAUGUUGCAUUUUUUAAAUGUAUUUUGCAGCUGAUUUAAAUGUAGGCUAUGGAUUUGGGCUUAUAAAGUAUGAUUUGCCCCCCUUAACUUGACUCUGUUGUGUGUUCCACUUGAUAAAUCUGUGUUUACAUACCUAUGUGCAUAGUUAGAUGUCACCAGUGUUUUAAAUCUCCCCGGGUACAUGAAAGUGGCUGAAUUAUGGUGGGCAAACCAUCAUGGUGUUAAAAAUCAUGGUCCAUAGACUGCAGGUCACUGCAAAGUUUUGUGAUUUCUAUUUAUACAAUAAAUUGACUUUUGCACACAUUUUGAUUGGUUUAUACUCGUGAUCUAUUGGAGGACAGACACAAAGAUAACAUUGCCUUGGCAAUUUUUUUUCUUCUCUAUUAUAUUUAACUUAUAGAUUCCAUGUUGCUGUGGGUGUGGCUAGCAAUAGUUCACAAAAGACACCAAAAUGUGGUGAAAACAUUGGCAACACACUUUGCUGCACCUUGUUAGACACUUUUUGUUCUUAACACAUUUUGGAAUCAUCUGUGAUCUCUUUCUGGGCAGAUGCACAGCAACAUGGAAUCUAUUUGUUAAGCUGAUUUUAUAAGUUGAAUAUUACCCUUCAGUUUACCAACAGUCCAAUUUGUGAUGCAUUGAACAUGUUUCAUAUUUGUGAUAUUAUAUACCAUGCUUAGUGUAGUACUUGUUGUAACACUUCCUUCCUUAUUUGCUUGAAUACAGAUGAAUGUGCACUAAUUGCAUCCCGCCCAGGCGAUGUAUGCCAUUUCCUUGCUUGUUUUUUCUUCUUUUUAUCAUCUUAAUCAGUAGAUUAGUCAGAGUUAACUAAGGAAACAAAAUAGUUUCUCGCUACUUACAGUUACAUUGUUGUAGAUUGUAAGAGAACUGUUUUGGAAAUUGCUUUGAAGGCAAAGCUUUCAAUUGCGAUUUUAAUGUUUGCCUUGAAUUAAGGGUUGCCUGUGCUAUGGUUAUACCCAAGGUUGUUGCAACAGAAAGUUUGACAUUUAACACAAGAUAAUCCUCGCUCUUUUUAGGUCAUGCUGUUAGCAUAUUUUCUUUAAUCAUUAUCAUUUAGGGAAAUGUAAUUCUGAAGAUUGUUUGCUUCUUUUGUAUCUAGUUUUUGUAAGAAAAAGUAAUCCUUGAAAAUGCUGAGUUAGUAUAAAAACUGCUGUAUUACUUUCAUUCAGGGAUUGUCGUGUUGUAAAAGAUACUACAUCUGGAAAGUCCAAGGGAUAUGGUUUUGUGUCAUUUGUCAAAAAGGAGGUAUGUAAGAAACUGUUAGAGGCAAUGCACUCCAUUUGUUUUUAGCAAUAGUAGUCAUGGAUUAGAAAAUUCACAAUACUUAAUCAGAAUUAAAAUGAAUUGCAACUUGGUCACCUACUUCUCCCCUCACUUAACCCUUUAAUUCUCAGAAUUGAUUAACAUGUAAUGAGAAUACUCAAAGUUAUUAGGCAGAAGUUGUUCUCUUGAUCUAAAACCAAAUUCUGGUAACCAAGUUACAAGGAAAUGCGAAACAGCCAAAGGGGAGAAUCAACAAUCAUAUGCUGGGAGCAGAAGGGUUAAAAAUUGUCAACAUGUAUGUGUGAUCUCAUGUGUGCUCUUGAGCCAAAUGAAAAAUACUACUUAACUUUAGUUCAUUGUGGUCUGUUCUUUUUUAAAUAGCAGAGGAAAGUACAAAUUGAAUAGAAAAAAAAAUUAAGAACAAGGAUUGCUGCUCUAAGUGACAUGCUUCUUUUUGUAGCCUCUUCCAGUUUUAAGUUUCUGCUGUGAGUUCUUGGGAAUGACUUGUCAGUAUCAUGAUAACUUAAAGCUGACAUUUUUUAUCGUGAAAAAUAGCUUAAGCUAUUUAAAUCUGACUUGCUGUCAACCCACAGGCCAGAAGUGAAGAAGUUAAUUUCAUGCUCUGUCUCUAUAUUCUUAUUAUGUUUCUCAAUUAGUAUGUGUGCUAUGAUUGGUCAGUUUAGCAAGUCAUAUUUUACUGUAUGGCCAGCUAAAUUCAAAAGUUUAUUUGAAGUGAAUUUUCCCCUCUAUCUGAAUGUAGAGAUGAAAUAAACAUCUGGUCUGUACUGUAAGUUAAGGAACCUCCCUUUUCCAGUUGCUUUUUGGUCUGUGUACAUUGCUUUGGCCAUAAAUGUGGGUGGAAAAGUAUUGGUCAGUAACUUAGAGUACAGAUCUCAAACUUGGUUAGCAAGAGGUAUUCAACACUUGGAAGGAGAUGAAAUAAGUUCAUAGGCACCAUGCUCUUUGCUUUUAUGGUCUGCAAAGCUGAGACUAAAGCUGAGAUAGUUGAUGUUAAUUUUUGCUGUUGUUUGACAAUUUUUAGGAUGCUGAGAAAGCCAUGAGGGAAAUGAAAGGUAUUUUUGUGAUCUUGAAUCACUUUUGCAAUGUUUUUCUCUUAGUUUUUUUCUCUGUGAAAGGAAUGUACAAAACUGGAGAUACAAAUUCUUCUUCUGCUGUUAUAAGUAAUGUCCAGAAUUGAUUUUUUAAUGAUUAAUUCAUAAACACAAUGAAUCUGUGCUUUGUCAUGACUUUAUUUCUGUCAAAAUUUCCCUGCUGAGAUUAGGAAAACCUGUGUGGUUUAAUUUAGGUCAGCAGUUAAAAGGCAGAAACAUACGAACUAACUGGGCUGCUAGGAAAGCAAUGGUACCAGGUGAGGGUAUGGACUUGUUUAUUUGUUUGUCUGUUGGACAUGAUCCCCAACUAAAGGAGCUGUUAAUUUUUAAGCAAAUUCUUUUUGUCAGUGCUUUAGGAAAUGUUUAUAGAACAGUAGAGAAUAUGCAUUAGGGUGAACAGGGGUAAACUGAAAACUCAGUGUUUGAAAACUAAACCACAGAUUUGUGAUGAUCAGUGUUGAAAUGCUUUUUUCCAAAUCAUUUAGAUCAGUUCCCCCUUUCAGGAUUGACCAAUGUAUACCAGAUGCGAAAGCUCUCUUCCUGGUUUACUCCUGGUAAACAUAUAACUUUCCUUUAUCAUACCACACUACACUGAAGGGAAUGGGAAUGGGCUAUAACUGUAACUUAUCAAUCAGAAGAUGUGUUAUUGAUACAACUCCAUUGUAAUUAAUAUAAUUAAUAACAAAAUUUAUAUCAGCUACAUGGGAGAAUUGGGGAAAAAAUCUGGAGAAGUAGAAAAAAUAUUUUGAGUAAUGGGUAAAGAUGUCAAAUGCUUCUUUUCAAUAUUUAUUCUCCCAGUACUGUUCAACUUCAGGUGUGCAUGCUUGAAUAUUUAUUUGCUUGUAUUGUUUCUUUUCAGCAACAAAGCAACUGUCAUUGGAAGAAAUAUCACGUCAGGCCUCUCCAUAUAACUCCACCGUGUACGUUGGUAAUCUUCCACCGGGUUGCACUGGUAACUACAUUUAUUUCUCUAUUGUAGUAUUGUAAUAUUGACUCUGUACUGUCAUGUGCAUAUGCGACAAAUUUUUCUUUCAAGUACUCUAUUGUUUCCCUGACUAGCUUUCAACAUCUUUAGUCAAACUAGAAUAGACUUUUAACUGGUCCUCUGGGUUAGGAUUAAAGUAUUCCUUUUCUUGGGUUUUACCCAGUAAUCAAAUGAAGUUGUUGAGUGUUUUGCCCAGGAGGGGAAGAGGGGGGGGGGGAUUUAUUACCUUGGACAAUAGAUGGGACUUUUGUUAUCCCUGCAUAUAAGUUUAACUCAGAAAACCACAUUUAUAUUUAUGUUGAGUAAGCCUGUGUGUACAAGUCAGAGGGAGCUUUUGAAGGCCUCCCCCUCCCCACCCCAAAAGGCAAACAAUUCUUUCUUGCUUGAAUGUUGUGUUGUUGUGUUGUUGUGUCUUACAUUGUGUUGUUUUGUUUGACUGUUUUUUUUCUUCUUAAAAUCUGUUUAUGGUGCUGUUUGGAAAAAGUUGAAACCAGCCCUGACUGUUAUUCAAAAAAAUAUUUUCAAACAACAAUGUGAUUUUGAUAUAAAUGUAAACGUGUUCAGAUGAAGAUUACAGAAUUAAUUCUUUCAGAGAUGAAGUAGACUGUAACUUAUUUGCCUUUUUUUCAGAUGAUACACUUCGUCAGAACUUCUCACACUUUGGACAGAUCUAUGACAUCAAAAUAUUUCCAGAGAAAUUUUAUGGAUUUAUCAAGUGAGUUGGACUUGAGUAUUGAACCAUGCACAUACAUGUACACUAACCGUGCAGUUUUUUAGCUCAAAACAAAAAUAAAAGCAAAGGAAUCUUGUUAAUUACCGUUCGUCAGCCAGUUAUUAGAGGGUCAUUGUUAAGAUGUUAUUUUUGCGGUUGAGACGCACUUUGGAGGGCGUCGCCAUGUGGAAAGGGGACUAAGUUAAUUGGUACAAAUACUCUGACUGUUGGCGAAGGUUUCAUCGUAAAUAUGCACCUAAUUCCACCUACUAACUUUACUUUCCAACUUCAUUCCACAGAUUUUACACCCAUGACCAAGCAUUAGAUGCCAUUUACAAAUCACAAAGAACUGUGCUAGGAGAUAAUUUAUUGAAAGUAAGUUUACCACUAAGAUUACUUUAAUUCUAGGUAAAAUGAACACAUAUUUGGCACCUAUCUCAAGAUUUCCCUGAUAACCUUUUUCGAAAUUUAAAUUUCCCAUAUUAUGUUCAGGAGCAAAUUACUUUUACAUGUAUGAAGGUGGCCUGACAGUCAAUUCUCCCAAAUGAUUAUCCCUCAUUUAUUUAAAUACUGCUUAUGAUAGUUACAUGUUCCAUCAAGGCAACGUUUUUGUUGACGUAUUAUUUUUGAUUAUGGUCAUUCUUGAACUGACUAAAACUCAGUUGUACUCGAUAAGCGAAAUAAUGACAUCAGUUAAGUAUUGUGGUUGAGUUGUGCGUAUAAUUAUUCUUCACAGUGUUCUUGGGGAAAGGAACAGACAGAUAUGAACAACGCUCAAUCAGCAAUGCAGCAAUGGCAGCAGGUAUUAUGAUAAGUUUACGUUCGUUAGUUAGGGAAUUAAAACGCUCGACCUUGGCAGUUCCCUUUAUCCCUAACUUGGAAGCCAUCUAUAGGUGUGAAGAUCUUUGUCUUUUUUUCGUCAUUAUGUCGGGCCUGAAUGAUUUCAGACGGAUUUUCAUCUAUGCAGUUCAACACUUCUUUAAAAUACAGGAGAAUAAAUUAUCUGGGUAGUGAAAGGACUAACUGCAUGCUUUGAUGCCCUGCUGUUGCACAGAAUUACUUUUUAAAUUCCGCCCAUGUGUAUGGUUUACAUGGUAAAGUUAUGUAUCUCAUUUGAUCCAUGUACUGAGUCAGGUUGGCCUGAUGGUAUGUGUAAUCUUUUUUCUCAUUAGUAUUAUCAACAAUAUUAUCAGCAAGUUUACAAUCAACAACCCAUGCAGCAGCAGUCUCCGGCUCAGGCUGGGUAUGUUCAGUACCCAGCAGCAGCAGCGGCAGCUCAGUAUGUUUACUAUCCACAGCAGCCCUUUGGGUAAGUCCAGAAGUAUCACUGUCCAGUCGCCUCUUGAUGUUUGGGCUUUGAAAGAGGCAGAAUUGUCUAUAUUCUCGAAAGAUAUUACUACUGUAUUUAUUGCACCUAACAUGCUUGUUUAUAUACUCUGGUUGUCGGUUGUCAGUCGCUUUCAAAAUACUAUUUAGAUGGCUUGCAAUUUUAUCUCUACAUAUUAGAAAACUUGCCUCGUUGGUUUUAAUUUUCUAUUGCGACGAAUUAGUGAUGUUCUGUUUCUCUUUUCACAGAAACCAACCAAUGCAAGUUGUGCAAGCAGCAAUGCCGGGGUAUCCUGGUGAGAUAUUGUCAGUUGUGAAAAGAUGAGCCUUUCGAAAAUCAUGUCUGUGGCUACUGUGGAGUUUUUAGGUUGUCCAACUAAGAAUUUGGUUUAUAUAAACACGAGUUUUCUAUAACCUUAUUGAUUGUGCACUUGUUAAGAAAAGUUGUUAGGCACUCGUCUAAGUAUGCGCACGCUAUAAGGUUUCUUCGUCGCACCCACCUGACUCGUGAUCAAAUGCGAACUUCGAUUUAUCUUCGUCACCUAUUGUCGUCACAAAUUGUGGUAACGCGGUGAAAAGGGAUAUUCCUAGCUUAAGCCCACCCAAAUUCAGGCUUUCAGGUUGUUUCCGGUUUUGCAAUCAGAGUAACACCUCUCCUCCCCCUUGUGUUCCUCUCUGUUAUGCAGUUGGUCGCCGUUUCCACUGGUGUCACAUUUUACUGACUAAAUGACUUGUCUUUAAGUAUUCCCUAUUUGCCGAAGUAACCCUUGGCGCAAGUCAAUGGGAAUCGGCCAAAAACAAAAUGUUUUAUCCCGGCGCCACCUGAACCCAUACAAGCGAAGCGUGCGGGCUUCCCAGAGUUCACAGUGGGCCGGAAUAUUUUUGGAAGACUUCUGUUGACUUGCGUGAUGGAAAUGGGAAUGCUUGUAGUUUAUCGCUAAUCUUAGACCAGGGUUAAUUAAUAUUUGCAUAGGAUUGAUCAUGAUCGUAGCCAGCAGACUUGAUUUCCAAGCUCAUCUCAUUUUAGGCGCUAACAUGACCAUUUAAGGUCUUUUGAUCAAAUUCAACCGCUUUCCCUUUAGUCACUUUCCUCCUUUGCUCUUCUUCAGCUCAAAUGUCGCCAGCGUCUUCAGCUGGUCAACAGCCUCCCACUCAGAAUCAGCAGAUGAUGGGUAUGAUUGGGCCUCAUCACCAAGGAGCUCCCUCCCCUGCCAAUCCAACUUCUUACGUCAUGCAGCAGGCUGCAGGCUACCCAACACAGUAGUGAUACUACAAGAAACCACUGUAUAAGAGCAAAGAAAUCAUUUAACUUAGAAACCGUCGACAGAGUUGACAAUAGACGAAUCCUCUAGACGAAAGAGGAACAAUUUAUUGAGAGAAAAAUAUGCAACGAAGUUUUUGAACACAAAAUUCUCUCGUCUCGCAUCAGAUGAAAACAAAACCAAAAAAAUAUCCAGGCUAUAAAAAAAGCGAAUCCUUGUGUAGCAUUGAACCCUUUUGUGUUGAAAAAGUAGGGCUGUAGUGCAUAGAGCAUUUUAACUAUAAAGCUGAUAACCAUACAUGUAUACUUUGUACAGUUUAAAAAGUAUAUUUUGUAUUUAUUGCGUUCCCUUUGUUGGAUUUGGAUUCUACCUCUGACGCCUUUUUAAACGUAUACACAAUAUUUUUUCAUGCCAUGAAAGCGAUAUCACGUACGAUUUGGUGGCUCUUUGUAGAAUUUAACCCCGCAAUAUUUGAAAAUGAACUUUUUCAACAUACAAAAGGUGUUCAGGGCUGGGCUUAGCUGCGUAAAUAGCAGUAACUGUGUUCCAUGUCACAAAGCUGUGUACAUUUGUCGAAUGUGGAUCUCUCUCUCGCUGGUCGUGCUUUUUGUAGUGUAACAGUUUAGUAUUUGUAGUCAUGUGAAAAGAACAGAAAGCUCUGGGGGAAAAUGACGAAGUAUGAAUGUAGGGAUAUAUGCGCUGCCGCCUCCAGCGACCAGGAAAAGAAGAAAUAAAAGAGACGUUUUGCAAAGUAGUAGUGCGCAUGUGAAUGUACAAAUCACAUCCAACAGUUCCUUCACAGGAGUGCGGAAAGUGAGGAGGUUGUUAUUGUGGAACUCUCAUAUAAAUAUGACAAAUGCAAUUUUUUGCAAAGUUCUUGGCUG